UGGCCCUUCUGUCCACUCUAUUGGUCUUAAGUAGGUGGAAGAAGAAAAAGUUGUGAGUUUGUGAUGCAAGGAGCCCUAUACAUGCCACCACCUUUGGAAUCCAAGUGCAUAUAGCCCCCCACCACAACCUCUAACUACUAGUGUUACUGCUCCCAUCCAAUCAAAACCAUCUCAUUCUACAACCAUGGAUGCCUAUUUCCUUCUUGCCUUCUUUCUGUUUGGCCUUACAACUUUAGGAACUCUUUCAACAACAAUGGAGGCCCGAGCCUUCUUUGUUUUUGGUGAUUCUCUUGUUGACAAUGGCAAUAACAACUACUUGGCAACCACAGCUCGUGCCGACUCGCCUCCUUAUGGGAUCGAUUACCCGACUCACCAACCCACAGGCAGAUUCUCUAAUGGGCUCAACAUCCCUGACAUUAUCAGUGAGCACCUUGGGGCCGAACCUACAUUGCCUUACCUCAGCCCUGAGCUCCGAGGAGGAAAACUACUUGUCGGUGCCAACUUUGCGUCAGCAGGGGUUGGAAUUCUCAAUGAUACUGGAAUUCAAUUUGUAAACAUUAUUAGAAUCAGCGAGCAGCUGCUAUACUUUGAGCAGUACCAGCAGAGUUUAAGCUCGCUUGUAGGACGGGCUCAGACGAAGCGGCUUGUGAACCAAGCUCUUGUCCUCAUCAGUCUUGGAGGCAAUGACUUUGUUAACAACUAUUUCUUGGUGCCAUUUUCUGUACGAUCUAUCGAGUUUGCGCUUCCUGACUAUGUUUACUAUUUAAUCUCUGAAUACAAGAAAAUCCUUGCGAGGCUAUAUGAAUUAGGUGCCCGUCGAGUCCUGGUCACCGGAACUGGUCCUCUUGGCUGUGCCCCGGCAGAGCUCGCUCAAAGAAGUCUGAAUGGUGAUUGUGACCCUGAACUGCUGGGGGCUGCGGACCAAUUCAAUUCCCUGCUGCUCCAAACUUUGAAAGAACUAAACAACCACUUUGGAUCAGACAUCUUUAUCUCUGCCAAUGCUUUCAGGACGCAUAUGGACUUCAUAUCAGAUCCAGAGGCGUAUGGUUUUGUCACAUCAAAAGUUGCAUGCUGCGGGCAAGGACCUUACAAUGGGCUUGGGCUAUGUACCGUGGCAUCAAACUUAUGUGCCAACCGCAACUUGUAUGCAUUUUGGGAUGCAUUCCAUCCCACAGAGAUAGGAAACCGGAUCAUUGUGAGCCAGUUCAUGAUUGGUUCCGCCGAGUACAUGCACCCCAUGAACUUGAGCACCAUUCUAGCCAUGGAUGCAGGAACUUAGUGUCUUGGCAUGUCCAGUGUUUCAUCCUAGAGAUAUUUCAGAAUUCGUGCCUAAGGUUUCAUGCAUAGGUUGGCAAAUGAUCGAUCCAUCAAUCUGUAGCCUUUCAGCAUGUGUCUGAUGCAUGAUAAUGGGGAUACUUUGGUUAUUCAGACACUGCUUUUGAUGGACUAAA